UUUGCAUGUCCCUGGAGAAAAAAUAGCAUAGACCAUUUUACCAUGCAUGCACGGUCUCACGGUACUCCCGGUAAUCGAAAAGGAAUGUCAUUCGCCGAAGCUCAUAAGCCUGUCUCGCGGAUAGUGUUUGACAAGUACGAUGUUGAUGGGUCGGGAACCAUCAGUGUCAGCGAGUUUAGGAAACUAUGCUACGACAUGGGAUACUUUUUGUCAGACCUGGAACUAGGUAUGGCCAUCCGGCUAUUGGAUAGCGAUGGGAACGGGGAGAUUAGUUAUGGGGAAUUUAUCAAGUGGUGGCAACAGGAACAUCGAUUCAAAACCUUACAGCUCUCCCCACAAGAGUUGGCUGACUUGACACAAAUCUCAACAGACUUUCAACGAUUCGACAAGGACCAAAGUGGAUGCAUUGACGUUCGCGAAUUCCGUCUACUCUAUGCUGACCUCGUUAGACGGGGAAUGACCAAAAAAACACUUGCGGGAACACUGGAGGAACUAGAUAAUAACCGAGAUGGCAAAGUUUCUUUCAACGAAUACGUUGAUUGGGUUCUUGGACAACGACGUACCACCGAACAACCGCCUCAUCGGUCCCAACAACAGGUUCCCGCUCGACAAGGAGAGUCGUCACAAUAGGGGACAGUAGUCUUGUGUAUUUUUAUUAGCCAUAUCCUGGAUACGCGUGAAUAGAAAAACUUUUGGAAAAAGCA